AAGGCUUUGCUAAAAAGAAGGAGUUGCAAGAAGGAAUCAACAGAAAGUCAGGGGCAGCUCUGAAAAGCUUUGACCAGGCUGUUGCAAAGAUGGGGCCCCUGGAAGCAGUAGGUGAGGAAAACCAGACAGAUGAAAUGAAAAUGGAGCUGUUCACUAAGCUGUACUUGACAAGAUACACCACACCACUCAACGAAUUGGCUCUGGACCCUAAACCAGAACUGAAGGACAGCACAACACUUGUUGAAGUACAAAUAAUUCUCAUCUUUGCUUACUGCUCCAUCAUCCUGCUGGGAGUGAUCGGAAACUCCCUUGUGAUCCAUGUGAUCAUCAAAUUCAAAAGCAUGCGCACAGUGACUAACUUCUUCAUUGCCAACCUGGCGGUGGCUGACCUGCUGGUGAACACGCUGUGCCUGCCCUUCACUUUGGUUUAUACACUCCUGGGUGAAUGGAAGCUGGGCCCAGUCUUGUGCCACCUGGUGCCUUAUGCUCAGGCCCUUGCUGUCCAUGUGUCUACUGUCACUUUGACUGUGAUCGCUCUGGAUCGUCACCGCUGCAUCGUCUACCACCUGGAAAGCAAAAUCUCUAAGCGGAUCAGCUUCCUGAUUAUAGGAGUUGCCUGGGCAGUCAGUGCCCUGUUGGCAAGUCCUCUGGCCAUCUUCCGUGAGUACUCGUUGAUUGAGAUAAUUCCUGACUUCAAGAUUGUGGUCUGCUCUGAGAAGUGGCCAGGGGAGGGGCAGCUCAACUAUGGCACCAUCUACAGCAUCUCCAUGCUCCUGAUCCAGUAUGUGCUGCCUCUGGCAGUCAUCUCCUAUGCCUACAUCCGUAUUUGGACCAAGCUCAAGAACCAUGUUAGCCCUGGGGCAGGGAAUGACCACUAUCACCACCGGCGCCGGAAAACCACCAAGAUGCUAGUGUGCGUGGUUGUGGUGUUUGCUGUCAGCUGGUUGCCCUUUCACACCUUCCAGCUGGUCAGUGACAUUGACAGUCAGGUGUUAGACCUGAAAGAGUACAAACUGAUCUACACGGUAUUCCAUGUCAUUGCCAUGUGCUCAACAUUUGCUAACCCCCUUCUCUAUGGCUGGAUGAAUAACAACUACAGGACAGCCUUCCUCACAGCCUUCCAGUGUGAACAGCGGCUGGACUCCAUCCACCCUGAAGUAUCAGCAGCUUUCAAAGCCAGGAAGAAACUAGAAGCAAAGAGGAUUCAAUUCCCUGGGGACUCUUUCACACAACCUACCAAUGUCUAAGAUGUCUGACUUUAAACAAGAAAUGAAUAUGUUGCUGACAAACAGAUGAACCCAUUUUGGUACAUGCAUGUUCAAUGCAUAGUUCUAUUCAUAAAUGGUGAAAGAACAGUAGCAAGAAGGUCAAGGCAGGUAUUAUGAUUUGAGGAGAGUUGAUUGACAUCAAAAAUAUGUAACUAUACAACUGCAAGGAAGUAAAAGGGAGACUUCGUUUAUAGCUGUCUCUAACAGGGUAAAUACCCUUCCACGCCUCCCAUAUCUUCUUGAGAAAUCUAAAUGACAAGUGCUGGGUUUGCUGAUUUUUGCUGAAGGAAGGAAAAUGGCUGAUUGCUUGCACAGGAAUAUUGGUGAUGGGUGUGGGUAGUUUUUUAUAUUCGAUGUGGAGAUCAGGGAGUGCAGAAGCCUGCCAGGAGACUGUCUGGUGGGGGAAUCAGCUCUGCUGGUUAAACCUCAGACUUUUCAGGCUCCUUCUCUCCCACAGGCAUUUUUUUGCAAAGACAAGGGAAUUAAGAAGAGAAAUACGUUACUUCUUUUUAACUUGCGCAAGACUAUUUCAAACCAGAGCAUUUGAAAUAUAUUAGGUUGUGAAAACGGAAGAGAAAAGAAAAACCAAACCCAUCCAAAUACUGGAUUCAGUGAGAGGAAGGGUCAAGUUUCUGUGUGGGUUUUGGCCAAUCAAAUGGGGUAAAAAGUCAUCCCUUAAGAAUUGGCAGUUGUUAUGCUGGUGAGAAAAUCACAAGCCUGUGACUUGAUCAGUCAUUCCCUGCAGAUUCUUGCCUUUCAUUCUGCUCUGGGGACAGCUCAAAAAUGCAGCACUUUAAAGUGGCAUUUGAGGGCAGGGAAUGCAGGCUCAGGUCUUCUGUGAGCACUUCAUAAACUGCUAAUAUUUUCAUUUUCAGGACCUGCUUAAAUGUCUAAUGUGUUAUUAACUCCACAGGCUUUGAAUUGUUGCUGCUUCUGCCUGGAUAAUAAAACAGCAGAUAAUUCUGAUCUUCUGGAAAGGCUUCUAGAUGGUAAAGUGCUUUUCCUUAUUGUGGUUUUUAUGUCACAUACUCAUCUCGUCUCGGUGCUUUUUCCAUCCUUAGCCUUUGUAAAAAUUAACAUCUGAAUGACUGUAACCUAAUAACAGUAUACUAUGUUUAUGUGAUAAAUUAUCAGUUAUUCUGCAUGCUGUAGUUAAUAGUGAAAUUCCUUUUAUACUCAGGUAUAAAAUUUUAAUCUGUUUACUGUGUUGUACACAGCAAUGCUCAACUCUUCU